AUGACGCGUUUCAUCCUGCAUCCUGCAUCCCCUCCUCCCAUCUACUACGUACUCACGCACAUCUUCCCCUGCAUCACCACCCGCCAUGCCCACCACCUCUCCACCACCCACACCCUCCGCCCCCCCGACUCCCAAAUCAACCAUGCCGACUCCCUCCGAUACUGGAACAGCGUGGCCGCCAACGCCAACACCAUGCUCGGCAUGCUAGGCAACUACCCCUGGUACACACGGAUCGACCUGCGCGGCUCCAAGACCUUCCUGACCAAAGUCCGGCGGCUGAUCCCCAACUGCCCCACCACCGGCAAGCUGCCCCUGGGCGCAGACUGCGGCGCCGGCGUCGGGCGUGUCACCGAAGGUCUCCUCAGCCAGGUCUGCACGACCGUCGACGCGAUCGAACCGGUCGAGAAAUUCACGCAUGUCAUUCGCGCGUCGCAUCUGAACCGACCCAGCUCCGAUGGGGAGGCGUCCGGUGUGAUCGGGGAUAUCUACACCGUGGGGCUGGAAGAUUGGUAUCCCCGGAAGAAAUACGAUCUGAUCUGGACGCAGUUCUGCGUCGGCCACUUGACGGAUGUGCAGCUGGAGGCGUACUUUGUGCGCUGUAGGGACGCCUUGACGGCGGGGGGCGUCUUGGUGGUCAAGGAGAAUCAGUCGACCGAUCCGGCCGGUGAGGAUAUGUUCGACGAAGAGGAUAGUAGUGUCACGCGCACGGAUGGCAAGUUUCGGAAGCUGUUCGCUGAGGCCGGGUUAAGGGUUGUGGCGUCCGAGUUGCAGUUGGGCUUUCCGAAGGAGUUCAAGUUGCUUCCCGUAAGGUUUUAUGCCCUGAGGCCCGUGGGUUGA